AUGGAUUUAGUUGCAUCAAAAAUUCUUAAAAAAUUCCUCAAAACAUUUAUUGAGAGUUGUAGUGAUUGGGGAACUGGGAAUGAUGUUGAUAUUACACCAUCACAAGGAACAGUUACUCUUCAUGAUAUUGGAUUUAUUAAAGAUGUAUUUAGAGAAAUGGUAUUGCUACCAUCUCAAAUUGAAGUUACUACUGCAACAUGUAGUUCUAUUGAUGUUAUUGUACCAUGGACACACUUAUAUUCAAAACCUAUUAUCUUAAGACUUGGAGAAGUUAUUGUGGAUGCACAUGAUAUAGUCUUAACACCAGAAUUAAUUCGAAAAGAACAAGUAAAGAAUAAAAAGGAAAAACCAAAAAAACCUAAGAAGAAGAAAUCAAGGGAGUUAUUAGACACUAUUUUAGUUGAAAUUUCAAAUUUUAAGUUAUCAUUAAAAAUUGGACCAUCUAUAUUAAAUCUUGUUAUUCAAGAUGGUGAAACAUAUUUUGCUGAUCAACAGUUUAAUAAAAUAAAUAAAAUAGAAAAUGAAAUUCCUAUUGACAAUAUUAUCUAUUCUUAUAGAUUCUUACAAGUUAAUAGUUUAAGUCUUACUCUUACAACAGGAAAUAGAGUUGUUACGUUAUGUCAUGGAAUGGAAGUUAUUGGAAAAUAUACUACUCAAAGAGAAGCUGAAUCUUAUAAAUUAUUAGAUACUUCUUGUAUUAUUGAAUUAACUAAAAUAUCCUUAAAUCUCUCUAUGGAUGAUUACAUUAAUUUGAUUAAUUACUUUAGAACAUUCUUUUCUAUUGCAACUGAAAGUGCUAUUUUAGAUGUUGUUAACGCUGAUGUUGAUGAAACAUUAACUCAUAACAAUUCGUUGAAUCCUUCAACAAAUAAUUCUACUUGUACUUCUCGUUCAUCUACUCCACCAUUAAAUAUAAAUAGAAUUGAUAAUGAAUUAACAUCUUCUACACCAUCAACAUUGUCUAUUCAAAAAACAACAGCAAAGCCUAUGCCAAUAGUACCUCCUAAAUCAAAGAGUAAAAUUCCAAGUUCAUCAUUAGGUUCAUCAUUGUCUGUGUCACCAGUAACAUCAGCUUAUUCAUUUAAGAAAGGAUCAUCUAUGUUAUCUGUUGAAUGUGUUGAUGGAGGAGACAUUAAAGCAAUGAAAAAAUUAGAAAAGAUGGAAAAAAAGCAAGAGAAAAAAUUACAAAAGAUAGAGAAAAAAGGAGAACCAAGAACAAUGUUUAAGUUUAUAUUAGAAUUUUUAAAAUUAUCAUUACAAAAUGAAGAUACAGAUGAAGGAAUUUAUUGGAUUAUUGGUGAUAUUUCAAUGACUUUUGUUCCUGCAUUUGGAGGAAGAAUUAAAAAAGGAUUAUAUGGGUUUUCUAUAGGAACUAUUGAAGGAAUGUAUAACAGUCAUGGAAAUAUGAAAAGGUUAGUUUGGGCAUUACCUGAAAGAGAAGGAGAUGUUGUUUUAUCAAACGAACUUACAACUACAUGGGAAAGAAAUGUAUUAAUUAAUACAAAAAUGAAAGGAGAAUUAAAUUUUGUAGGAAUUACAAUGGAAUUUGAGAUGUUAAAGAAUUUGAUUGAAUUUUUAAAAGUAACAGUUAUUGAUAAAUUAUCUGAAUUAGAUGUAAGUAUGCUUAGUAUGAAAGAACGAAUUGAGCAAACUCUUGAAGAUGCUAAAAAUAAAUGGAAUCAAGCACUUGAUAUUCUUGGACUUGGAUGUGCACUUGAUUUAUUAAAAAGAAUAGACAUAGACUUUAAAUUAAAUGGUUGUAGGUUUGAAGGACCAUUUCCUAAUAAUGAAGGAACAUUUAUAAUGGAAUUAGAUAAUGUAAAAAUAACAAAUCAACCUUUAUGGAAUGAAUUAACUGUUGAUAAAGAUAUUUCAAAAAAACUUAAACAUCAAUUAGACAUUAAAAGAAUUAAAACACCAAAAGAAAUCAAUUUAGGUAUUGUUAUGGGAACGUUUGCUAUUCAUCUAAGUGAUAAAGAAAAAACUUCAUAUCUUUUUCCACCUACAAGAGCAGACUUUAAAAUGCAAGUUAAAUUUGAUGAAAGUGAUAGUGUUCCUGCAUUGGUUAUGAGUCAAUUAUAUUUUAAACAAAUUCAUUUUGACUUACGUCAUAAAUCAUUUAGGAAUAUUUAUGAAUAUGUUCAACAAAUUAAAGAAUAUGUUCAAAGCAAAAUGGGUGGAGAAAUUAGCACAUUUGGUAAUAAAAUCACAAGUACGGUUAAAGAAAGUGCUGAUGAUAUUACUACAUCUGCAAUAAAUUUUGUUGACCAAUCUUUCAUUCCUGCUUUUAGGUCAACUGAAAUUCCUGCUAUAGGAUUAGAAAUUGUAUUAGAUGAUGGUGUUGUUUGUGUUCCUGUUACUUCUAUUGUUCAAAGGAAAGAAAAAGGAGGAGAAGAAGGAUAUUAUUCAAAAAUGAAGGUAAAAGGAUUACAACUUUGUUUUGGAUUAGAUAAACAUUUUAGAAGUAUUGGACUAUUCCUUGAAAGUGUUAUUACUGAACAAUUAGAAACUAUUUUAUCACCGUUUAAUGGAGUAUCACCUAAAUUAAAUUCAGAGUGGAUAUCAACUGAAGAAGACCCAAGUGUUUCAUUUAUUUGGAAAUAUGAUAAAACCCAACCAAAAACUGAAAGAAUAAUGUCUAUUGAGUUAACAUUAUUUAAUGUUCAAGUCUUAUUAAACAAUUUAUUUGGAGUUAAAUUAGAACAAGUCAUUCAACAAAAAGAACUUGAAUUAACAAAUAAAAUUCAAGGAAAAAGUCCCAAAAUACCUUCAACACCAAGAAAAGAAGUUGAAAAGAAAGAACCAACUGAGAAAACAAAGAAAUUAAUUGAAUGGGUUGAGUCUAAAUAUAAAGGAAUGGCUGUUACUAUUAAUGUUUCUGAAUGUGAAUUAAUUGCAGAGGAUCAUCUUCAUAAAGCAACAGUAUCAUCUGCUAGUCCAUACGCUAAACAAGCUGAAUGUAUUGUUAAUAAUCUUAUGCAAGAAUUAAAUGAAGUUAAAACAAUAAAUGAAAGAUUAGAACAAACUAAACAAGAUAUUCUAGACCAAAUAAAUGAACUAGAAAAUAAGAAAACAUUAUGUCAAGCAGAAUUAUCAAGAAAACGUUGUCGUAGUAUGAGCAAGAAAUAA